AUGCCAGACAACGUUCACCUAGUCGGCUUUGCUUAUGAUGUAGCUGCAGUCAUCACAGCUCGUAAUGUGCACGAGGCACAACUCAAACUGCAACAGGUGAUGAUACCCACGAUGGCUUGGAUGGACGACCGUGGCCUGAAACUAGCAACCGAGAAGACUGAAUUGAUCUUACUAACGAAGCGGCAAAUACCCUUGGAAAUCGAAAUGCAGGUCUGGGACUCGGCCAUAAAAACAUCCAAGGUAAUGAAAUAUCUGGGCAUCCAUCUGGACUCUAGGAUGUCGUAUCGGGCUCAGAUAAAUCAUGCUGUCGAAAAAGCUUCAAAGGCCUCAGCGUCCCUUAGCAAGCUGAUGGCAAACGUUGGUGGACCAACAGAAGGUAAACGAAAAUUGCUUAUGGCAGUAGUGAACACAGUACUACUCUACGGUUCGGAAGUAUGGUCAAACACCUUACAGAUUAAUCAGAAGCGCAAUGCGCUCCAAAAAGUCCCGAGAACAGCCGCACUCAGAGUAACAUCAGCUUACCGAACUGUAUACGGCGCAGCGGUUCUUGUGAUCAGCAGCCCAAUACCCAUCGACUUCUUGAACGAAGGCGAGCAUAUUUAA